UUGUGGCGGUGCUUCGGGUGACAACGGUCAAUAAUGAAGGUGGCUGCGGCUCGGCAGCAGUCUCGGCUGCGCCGGGCGGGGGCGGCGCCGGGGCCGCGCCUGUAGGACCUCGGGGCCGGCACGGCAAGAUGCGGCCCCGGCGCGGGGAGUGAGGUGGUGGCGGCGGCGUCGAGCGGAACUUCAGCCAGAGGGGCUCUACUACUUCCCCCUCUGGCUCGUCGGCCUCCACUUGCAGCACCUCGGACCCCGCGUCCCGCGGGACCGGGAAGGCAACGGCGGGGGCAUGUGGCGCUGGAUUCGACAGCAGUUGGGUUUUGACCCACCACAUCAAAGUGACACAAGAACUAUUUACAUAGCCAACAGGUUUCCUCUGAAUGGCCUUUACACACCUCAGAAAUUUAUAGAUAAUCGGAUCAUUUCAUCUAAGUAUACUGUAUGGAAUUUUGUUCCAAAAAAUUUAUUUGAACAAUUCAGAAGAGUGGCAAACUUUUAUUUUCUUAUCAUAUUUUUGGUUCAGCUUAUGAUUGAUACACCUACCAGUCCAAUUACCAGUGGGCUUCCAUUGUUCUUUGUGAUAACAGUAACUGCCAUAAAGCAGGGAUAUGAAGAUUGGUUACGACAUAUUUCAGAUAAUGAAGUAAACGCAGCUCCUGUAUAUGUUGUUCGAAGUGGUGGCCUUGUGAAAACUAGAUCAAGGAACAUUCGGGUGGGUGAUAUUGUUCGAGUAGCCAAAGAUGAAGUUUUCCCUGCGGAUUUGGUGCUUCUAUCCUCAGAUCGACUUGAUGGUUCUUGUCACAUUACAACUGCUAGUUUAGAUGGAGAAACUAACCUGAAGACACAUGUGGCAGUUCCAGAAACAGCAGUAUUACAAACAGUUGCCAAUUUGGACACUCUUGUAGCUGUGAUAGAAUGUCAGCAACCAGAAGCAGACUUGUACAGAUUCAUGGGACGAAUGAUAAUAACUCAACAAAUGGAGGAAAUUGUAAGACCUCUGGGGCCAGAGAGUCUCUUGCUUCGUGGAGCCAGAUUAAAAAACACAAAAGAAAUUUUUGGUGUUGCUGUAUAUACUGGAAUGGAAACCAAGAUGGCAUUAAAUUACAAAAGUAAAUCACAGAAACGGUCUGCAGUAGAAAAAUCAAUGAAUACAUUUUUGAUAAUAUAUCUAAUAAUCCUUAUUUCUGAAGCCAUCAUCAGUACUAUCUUGAAAUAUACAUGGCAAGCUGAAGAAAAAUGGGAUGAACCUUGGUAUAAUCAAAAAACAGAACAUCAAAGAAAUAGUAGUAAGAUUCUGAAAUUUAUUUCAGACUUCCUUGCUUUUUUGGUACUCUACAAUUUCAUCAUUCCAAUUUCAUUAUAUGUGACAGUCGAAAUGCAGAAAUUUCUUGGAUCAUUUUUUAUUGGCUGGGAUCUUGAUCUCUAUCAUGAAGAAUCAGAUCAGAAAGCUCAUGUCAAUACUUCUGAUUUGAAUGAAGAACUUGGACAGGUGGAAUAUGUGUUUACAGAUAAAACUGGUACACUGACAGAAAAUGAGAUGCAGUUUCGUGAAUGUUCAAUUAAAGGUGUAAAAUACCAAGAAAUGAAUGGUAGACUUGUAUCUGAAGGACCAACACCAGACUCUUUAGAAGGAAACUCAUCUUAUUUUGGUAGUAUAUCCCAUCUUGCAACCAGUUCCUCUUUUAGAACCAGUCCUGAAAAUGACACUGAACUGAUUAAAGAGCAUGAUCUCUUCUUUAAAGCAGUGAGUCUCUGUCACACUGUGCAGAUUAGCAGUGUUCAGACUGACGGCAUUGGUGAUGGUCCCUGGCAAUCCAGCUUUGCUUCCUCCCAGUUGGAGUACUAUGCAUCUUCACCAGAUGAAAAGGCUCUAGUAGAAGCUGCUGCAAGAUUUGGCAUUGUAUUUAUUGGCAAUUCUGAAGAAACUAUGGAAGUUAAAACACUUGGAAAACUGGAAAGGUACAAACUGCUUCAUAUUCUGGAAUUUGAUUCAGAUCGCAGAAGAAUGAGUGUAAUUGUUCAGGCACCUUCAGGUGAGAAACUGUUAUUUGCUAAAGGAGCUGAAUCAUCAAUUCUCCCUCAAUGUAUAGGUGGAGAAAUAGAAAAAACCAGAAUUCAUGUAGAUGAAUUUGCUUUGAAAGGGCUAAGAACUCUGUGUAUGGCCUAUAGACGGUUUACAUCUAAAGAGUAUGAGGAAAUAGAUCGACGCCUAUUUGAAGCGAGGACUGCCUUGCAGCAACGGGAAGAGAAAUUGGCAGAUGUUUUCCAGUUCAUAGAGAAAGACCUGAUAUUACUGGGAGCUACAGCAGUAGAAGACAAACUACAAGAUAAAGUUCGAGAAACUAUUGAAGCAUUGAGAAUGGCUGGUAUCAAAGUGUGGGUACUUACUGGAGAUAAACAUGAAACAGCUGUUAGUGUGAGUCUAUCAUGUGGACAUUUUCACAGAACAAUGAACAUUCUUGAACUUAUAAACCAGAAAUCAGACAGUGAAUGUGCUGAAAAACUGAGGCAGCUUGCCAGAAGGAUUACAGAGGAUCAUGUGAUUCAACAUGGCCUGGUGGUAGAUGGGACCAGUCUGUCUCUUGCGCUCAGAGAGCAUGAAAAACUAUUUAUGGAAGUUUGUAGGAAUUGUUCAGCCGUAUUAUGCUGUCGUAUGGCACCACUGCAGAAAGCAAAGGUAAUAAGACUGAUAAAAAUCUCACCUGAGAAACCUAUAACAUUGGCUGUUGGUGAUGGUGCUAAUGAUGUCAGCAUGAUACAAGAAGCACAUGUUGGCAUAGGGAUCAUGGGGAAAGAAGGAAGACAAGCUGCAAGGAACAGUGACUAUGCAAUAGCUAGAUUUAAAUUCCUCUCCAAAUUGCUUUUUGUUCAUGGUCAUUUUUAUUAUAUUAGAAUAGCUACCCUUGUACAGUAUUUUUUUUAUAAGAAUGUGUGCUUUAUCACACCCCAAUUUUUAUAUCAGUUCUACUGUUUGUUUUCUCAACAAACACUAUAUGACAGUGUGUACCUGACUUUAUACAAUAUUUGUUUUACAUCCCUACCUAUUCUGAUAUAUAGUCUAUUGGAACAGCAUAUAGACCCUCAUGUAUUACAGAACAAGCCCACCCUCUAUCGAGACAUCAGUAAAAACCGUCAACUAAGUAUGAAAACAUUUCUUUAUUGGACCAUCUUAGGUUUUAGUCAUGCUUUUAUUUUCUUUUUUGGAUCCUAUUUUCUAAUAGGGAAAGAUACAUCUCUGCUUGGAAAUGGCCAGAUGUUUGGAAACUGGACAUUUGGCACCUUGGUCUUCACAGUCAUGGUUAUUACAGUCACAGCGAAGAUGGCUUUGGAAACACAUUUUUGGACCUGGAUCAAUCACCUUGUUACCUGGGGAUCUAUUUUAUUCUAUUUUAUAUUUUCAUUGUUUUAUGGAGGGAUUCUCUGGCCAUUUUUGGGCUCCCAAAAUAUGUAUUUUGUAUUUAUUGAGCUCCUGUCAAGUGGUUCUGCUUGGUUUGCCAUAAUCCUCAUGGUUGUUACAUGUCUGUUUCUUGAUAUUGUGAAGAAAGUAUUUGACCGACAGCUCCAUCCUACAAAUAUUGAAAAGGCACAGAUGUACUCCAACACAGUCGCUUUAAGUGACGAGUUCAUCGCACUGCAGCCAUUGUCAAGGGCAAGGAAUCAGCUGAGCAAACUUAGCUUACUGAAACAAAUUCAAGUAUCAAGUGCUUGGACUCCAUGUGCUGUUUCUCAGAAGGAGAAACAGCGUGCGCAUCUGUUGGAAGAAUGCUGGAACGAGUAAUAGGAAGAUGUAGUCCGACCCAUGUCAGCAGAUCAUGGAGUGCAUCGGAUCCUUUCUAUACCAACGACAGGAGCAUCUUGACUCUCUCCACAAUGGAUUCAUCUACUUGUUAAAGGGGCAGUAGUACUUGGUGGGAGCCAUUUCAACUCCUUUCCUAAAAUUCAGUGUGAUCAUCCUGGUAAUGGCCACACUAGCUCUGCGGAAUUACUUUCUAAAAUAUCUGGAGUAGUUCAUACCCACUUACAGUUAUAAUGGCAAACGAACGAAAAGCAUUGCCGUGUACCUCCCUUAAUGUAAAUCUGAACAUGUUAAAAUUUGUGAAUGAUGAGGUAUUUUUCAUCUCUUUAUUUGGACUGUCCCAUGUGCUUAUGGGAUUCCUCCUGGCAUUUCAAUCUCUUAGUAAGGCCACUAUAUUUUAAUAUCAAGGUAGAAAGGGAGAUAAUUCCUAGUUAAUUGUAUUUUUUAGUAUUAGCUUGGUUAUUGACUCUUCUGUUUAAAUCUGCUUCUGUAAAUUAUGCUGAAAAGUUUGCCUUGAAAACUCUAUUUUUUUAUUAGAGUUAUAUUUGAAGCUUUUCAUGGGAAAAGUUAAUGUGAAUAGUAAGGAAUUUUGGUCCCUCAGUGACCUGUGUUGUUAAUUCAUAAGUGCUUUCUAAGUUCACAGAGCAUAUUAGGAGAAUGCAUUUCCAACCAUUAUUUACUGCACCAUUGGUAGUAAAUAUAUACCAGAACCAAACUUCUCUAAAUGUACUGUAACAGAAAGAGUUAACCAUAUACAUGCAAAGAGUAUAUCAUAUCUUAUAUAUAUAAAUAUAUGAGGAAUCAAGUCCAUUCACCAAAUUUCAGAUUGAUGUUUACUAUUUUUGUGACAAUAUAAGGAACCUAUAGUGGGUAAAUUAGAUACCAUUAGCAUAUUAUUAUUUAAUGUGUUUAUCAUUGGAUCUUUUGCAUGCUUUAAUCUGGUUAAUAUAUUUAAAUUUGCUUUUUUUGUCUCUCUGAAGCCUCUGUUUAUAGUAUUUUAUGAUACUGUUGUAAAGUUCAACUAUAUCAAUAAAAAACAAGUUUGGACAGUA